CGCUCACGUGACCCGAGACCCCGCCUCUCCCCGCCGCCAUGUUGCGCCUCCUUCCUCCUCAGCCGGUGGCAGCUGCGCAUCGCGGGCCGGUGUUACCGGCGGCCGCUUCCACCUCGCGGGCAGAUGCUGAAUGAUGAUUUAAACUGAACAAUUAAGGUAAAGAUUCAGAAGUGGAAAAGAUCUGUUUUCAUAACAAUGGCAGCGAAAUCGUCUCUCCUUAAAGUAAUUCUCCUAGGAGAUGGUGGAGUUGGGAAGAGUUCACUUAUGAACAGAUAUGUCACUAACAAGUUUGAUACACAGCUGUUCCACACAAUAGGUGUGGAAUUCUUAAAUAAAGAUUUGGAGGUGGAUGGACACUUUGUUACAAUGCAGAUUUGGGAUACAGCAGGUCAGGAACGGUUCAGGAGCUUGCGGACUCCCUUCUAUCGAGGUUCUGACUGUUGCCUCCUUACUUUCAGCGUAGAUGACUCUCAAAGCUUUCAAAACUUGGGCAACUGGAAGAAAGAAUUCAUUUACUAUGCAGAUGUCAAAGAACCAGAAAGUUUUCCUUUUGUGAUAUUGGGUAACAAAAUCGACAUAAAUGAAAGGCAAGUGUCAACAGAAGAAGCCCAGGCCUGGUGCAGGAACAACGGCAACCAUCCCUAUUUUGAAACCAGUGCAAAAGAUGCCACUAAUGUUGCAGCAGCCUUUGAGGAAGCUGUUCGAAGAGUUCUUGCUACUGAAGAUAGAUCAGAUCACUUGAUUCACGCAGAUACAAUAAACCUUCACCGGAAGCCCAAGCCCAGUUCAUCUUGCUGUUGACUGUUAAAUGCUUUUUUGCCAAUGUAGUCCUGACUAAAAAAAAUGGGGUUCAGGGAUAGAUCAAAUAAUGAAAAAUGGGUUCUACUUUAAUAUUAUUAAAUAUAUAUACUGCUGCUUUCUUGGGCGAUGUGGGGUAGAGAAAGAGCUUCCAUUCAGUGAAUGACUUAAUGAAUUCAUGGCAUCUUUUCUCCAGGAAAGUGUCUACUAAAAAUGUUCAUUUAACAUAAAUAUGUAAUUUGCAAAAGUAAUAAAUCAAAUGAUAAAUACUUCAAAUGAAAUUAUUAAAACUUGAAAGUUCUAAAAGCACUACUUCAGGAAACUUUUUCUUGAAUUCAAAUGCAAAGAAACAUUUAUACAUCCAUAUAUUUUUAUGAAAUUAGCAUUCCAUUUUUGGUUCACUAAAAUCCAUUUUGUAACAAAAGAAUACUAGAUAUUAAUAACUUCAGUCUCAAUGCAUUCCUUUUGAGUGGUACUUCAUCUGUAAUGUGAUUUUUUUUUUCUUCUUUUAAUUAUAAGUUUAAAAUAUAAAUCGGGUUUUCUGCUAUUAAUUACCUAGUGUCACUAAAAAUACU